CUUACCUACCUAGGUUAAAUACUUUACUACCCAGAUACAUAUCAUGUUGUAAAUAACUUCUGCAUGGGAGAGAAAGCAAACACAAAUAAGUUAAUCUUACCGCUCUUUUCUAUCCUGUCGCGCCUAUUGUUAAGUCUCACAGGUGGUACCUCCUUUCCAUUUAUUGCAGUUGCCUUAGAGUACGGAUCCCUACCUAGCACAUAUAUGUACCUAAGGCAAGUACGCAUCCGAUAUGCCUGCUUCUUAAGAGAUUUGAUGGAUUUCAAGCUUCAGUUGAGGUAAGAGCCAACAAUCCAACGUCUUUUUUUCGGGGGGUUUCCCUUAAUAUUUUAUUUCAUUUG